AUGGGGAAAAAUUCAAGUGUAGGACCUAUCUUGCUACAUCACUUAGACCAUUUGGGGGAGGAUGACUUUGAUGUUGAGGAAAUGCUUGACUCAGAGGAGGCUAUGUCUUAUGUGACUGCUCUAAAGGAUGAAGCAAAUGCCCUAUUCAAAUUUAAAAAAUUUAGUACUGCUUUUGUGAUGUACAAUAAGGGUAUUAAAUGCUUGUGUGUUAUAAUUUGUGCCAUUAGUGAUGAUUCUCAUAUGUGUGAGGUUAGCCUUGAGUUGAAAGAACUAGCGUUUAACCUUCAUUUGAAUAUUGCGGCUAGUGCAAUUAAGCUCAACAAAUUUAGAGAUGCCAUUACUUCAUGUUCUUUGAUUCUAGAGUCUAAUAAGAGAAAUGUAAAGGCGUUGUUUAGAAGAGGAGUAGCAUUGGAGAAGUUGGGAGAUUUGGAGAAGGCAUUUAAUGAUUUUAAAUCAACAAAAGAGAUUGAACCUAAUAAUAAGGAAAUUGGGAAGGAAUUGACAAGUCUGAGGGAAGUUGUGUUUAGGAAACAGAAUGGUAAUGAGGAAAAGAGUGAGGAGAAUAUGCAUCUUCAAUAUGGUGAAGAUCAAAUAAGCUAA